AUGAAAUUCACGAUCAAUCAUUUGUUAAUCGGUCUUCUGUUCCUCAUUGGAGUGAUUCAUAGUGAACCUCGCAAUGUUUGUGAUAUAUGUGUCUGUGAUCAUUUGGAUAAUCCAUUAGUAGCUCGUUGUGAUGAAAAAAAUCUAACAACAUUGACAGAAAUUAUAUUUAAUUCCACCAUUGAAAUACUUUCAUUAAGUCACAACAAGUUAACAUUCAAAUCAAUCGAUGAUCUUGAUAAAAUCAAUAAUAUCACAUCAUUGAAAACAUUAAUUUUAUCAGAUAAUCCAUUAUCAUUGAUUCCAGCAUUGUCUCUUCCAAAUCUAACCGACCUCCAAUUGAUGAAUACAUCGCUGCUCAAUGCAACAUUUCCAAAAUCGUUUUUAAACUGCACAAAACUUCAAACAGUCGUUCUUUCCAACAAUCAAUUAGUAAAACUAACAUCCAAUGAAUUGAAAUCAUUAGUAUUCUUAACUAAUAUCACUAUUGACGAUGCAGAAUUAACUUCGAUUGAUCACGAUACAUUUGUGAAUAUUUCUCAAAAUCUACAUUCAAUUUCAUUGGAAUCGAAUUCACUUCAAUCUGCAGAAUUUCUCCUCUCGAUAAUGAAUCUCGUAUCAGUUAAUUUCGACAAGAAUCAUUUCAAACAAUUGCCAAUGGAAAUUAUCCAAUUUAAUCAUGCAAAGCAAUUCUAUUUCCGUGAUAAUCAAAUCAGUGUCAUCAACGAAUCAUCUCCACUGGCUUCUUGGAUCAAUACCAACACAUCCGACAUGGAAAUUUACUUAAACAACAAUCCAUUCGAUUGCUGUGAAUCUCGUUGGUUUAUUCGUUAUCUCAUUGGAUCACAAAAUCUUGUCAAAGAUUCGAUUAAUCUCACAUGCGCUCUACCAAAAACUUAUGCUGGCAAACGAUUACUUGAUCUACGCGUUGAAUCCAUGGAUUGUUCGACUGAUCCGUUUCAUCCAUCGAAAGCACAUAUUAGUAAACUAGUCGUUCUUGUUGCCUGUCUAAUAAGUAUUGUUGUAUUCAUCGUCAUCGUCGUCGGAGCAACACUCUAUCGACGAAAUCGAGGCCAUUUCAGAAAUCGACGAGGCUAUGAACAGAUUCGAGGUGUGAAUGCAGAUGCUUAG